ACAUAAAACAAACAGAUAACGGGGGAAGAAAAACAAACCUAAAUUUCCACCAUGUGACUAUAGAUCGUGUCAUAGAUCAACGAGAUAAACAACUUUAUCAAUGUACGGUACAAUGGAGUACAAUGUUUCACGCUGUUUCGAUUUUCAGGUGACCUAUGUGGUAUAGCAUAGCAGCAUUAUACACUAGCAAGCAUAUAUAAUUCUUCGGUUAAUAUCAUCUAUCAUUCGACACAAUUUCGAGUAUGACUUCGUCGAUUUCAUCAAAAAUAUGGUCCAACCCAUUGAUGUCCUAUCGCAUGGUACAUGAGUACCGAGGACCGGUCAAGCUCGUCAUCUUCGACUGGGCUGGCACGGUCGUCGACUGCGGUGUCUUCGCCCCUGUCCAAGCCUUCACCAAUGUGUUCGCUCAGGAAGGCAUCGACGUACUCGUUGACGAAGUCAGGGCGCCGAUGGGAGCGCACAAGAGGGUACACAUAUCCCGUAUGGUUCAAAUGGAUCGCAUCGCUGCUACUUGGAAGGCGAAGAAAGGGGAAGCCCCUAAUGAGGAUGAUGUUGAAAGAAUGUAUCGAAACUUUCUACCUGAACAGAUCAAAGCUUUGGAAUCGCACGCCAAUGUGAUAACAGGCAUCCCGGACACCAUCCGUCAACUCCGCGAGGACUACGGGAUCCGGAUCGGGACAUCGACCGGCUUUACGAGCGAGAUAAUGGAGCAUCUCACCCCGAGGGCUGCCCAGCAGGGAUUCGAUUCCGAGUUCGUUGCCACGUCGGACUUGGUCAAGGAAGCCAGGCCAACUCCGAGCCUCAUCUUUCUGAACAUGAUCAAUUUAAAUGUGCAUCCGGUACAAGCUGUGGUGAAGGUUGACGACACAAUUACUGGUAUCACUGCGGGACUUGCCGCCGGUUGCUGGACAGUCGGCGUAGCCAGAACUGGCAACUACAUGAGUGCUACCGAAGAUGAAUUAUCCAACAUGGACAAAGGCAUCCACGACCAAAGAUUGAAGAAAGCUUACAAAAUUCUCAUCGACAGCGGAGCCCAUUACGUCAUCGAUUCCGUCAAUGACAUCGUGCCGGUGAUCAAUGACAUCAACCGGCGUUUGGCCCUUGGUGAAAAACCAUGAUUGAGUCGAAGUCGGACACAUAUAUACACUUCCUUGGCAUUAUAUCGAUGCCCGCCUCAUCACCAUUAAAUAUCGAGGUUGCUGACAAAUUACAAAGACCCCCCUCCCCCUCCUAUCCUCUUAUAACAUCUUUAUACUUACUAGAAAAACUGAGCCACUGGCUUUUGAAGUGACGAUGAUUAUUGAUCACUCAAUUUGGACUCAUACAAAACAAUAUUUUACACAAAUUUCAUUCUAAAAAGGGUAAAAUUCACUCAACACGUGCAUAAAAGUCACCCUAUAUUUAGUGAAAUUUUAGUCACCACUGAAUUUAUAUACGAGUGAAUUAUUCACUCGACGUUUUUAGAGUAAGCAAUGAUUUGCAUUGCAAUUAUGUGUUGCUAAAUUGCUCUCAGUUGAACGUCAUGCAAAUUAUGUUACUCAGAAUCGGUGAACAGCUCUGUGAUUAAAGAUAUACCAUUGUAACUUGCCAUGAAUUUUAAACCGUCCAAUAGGGUAUAAACAUCCAGGGGACAUUCAUUAGUAGUUUAAGGUCAAAUAUUUAAAAGUUGACUAAUGAAAGCAUAAAAAUAGAAAAACCUUGAUGAACAUGACGAAAGUUUGGCAAAACCCUUCAAACUGUGACUAUUAUCCUUUGAAAGAAUAAACAUUUUUUUUUUCUUCAUAUUUUCGUCAUAUUUAAAGCGAGCAAAUUCUCCACAAUAAUUGUAUUGAUGAUUGCAUAAAGGGACGACAAUACAGGGGUAGAGGCGAUUGCCCCUAUUUUCUUUAUUAGUGAAACAAAAAAUGGGAAAAAGUACGAAAGGGGCAAACAAGGAUUUUAAAAAUUCUAAAAGAAGGGAAUUGGUCGUGUAAAUAUUUUGGUAAAUUGAAAUAUCCCUUUUACUCAGGAAGUUUUACUCAAUGUAAAAACAAAUGACGUCACAUUCAGGUACUAUCCCUGAUUUAAUGACGUUUUCAUCGCCAUUUUUUUUUCACAAACGAUGUUUUUAAAAAAAAUGGGUGAAACUUACGUAAGCUGUUUAAUAUUUGUUUUGAAAAUGAUUGCACUGUUUGCACUAUUGAAUAAAGUUUUUCCUUUUGUGAACCUGUAGGCCUAAUUUCCAGUCAGUAUUUAUUGUCAUAUUACCACGAUAUUCUUACCCCCCCCCUCUCUCUCUCUCUCUCUCUUUCUCUCUUAAAAUGUUUUUCUAUACUAAUUAUUUCUCGAUUUCUCGAAUAGCGGGUUUUCGCAAUCGCAACGGGGACGGAAUCUACAACAAAUUAAUAAAGGAAAAGUCUGUUUAAAAUGCCCGUCAAUGAACAGCUGAGAGGUCUUUGUCGAAAACUGGGGAACCGAGACAGCUGAUCAUUUGUAAAAUUCUGAGCUGACGAAAAAUUGCAAAUAAUUAUAUCGUUUGUCCAGAGUCCAUGACGAAACUGUUGUUUUGAUUCACCGAUUUUCAACAAACACUGCUUAGUCAUGAAGGGCUUUGAAAACUGAGAUUUCCUUUGUUGUAGAAUCAGUCCCCGUCGAGAAUACGAGAACUCUCUAUCAAUAAGUGAUUAUUGAAACUUUACUUUUAAACAAAGCUUAAACAUAACAAAUACGUUUUAUUAUUCUUAUUAUCUCUCCGAGGGAAAAGUUUCUUUGGAGGGAAAAGUUUCUAAUGUAAUAGUUAGGAAUAGCCUUGGUAACAUAAUGAGAGAAUAUUAUUGUCCAUAAGCUGCCCGAUAAAUUGUCAAGAUCUACCCGGCCAUCUAAUUUAUUAAUUUGAGAUUUACAUAGUCAGUGAUCUGAGUCACCUAUUUUUCAAACAGCCAUGGCGACUUUUUCAUUUUCUGUUCGACUUAGAACCUUCACCAUUCAGUGAGGGAUUUUUUCUAUUUAUUUUCCCCUCGGAUCAUUUCAAGGAUAUAGGACGCAAGAGCUUUUUUGAACAGCGCCAUCUUAAAAUUUACAAUGAUGAAUAAUUCCAUUCCAUAAUACCAUGAAGCUAUUAUAUUAGCUUCAUGAUAAUACCAAGCCUAUAUUUAACUAUCAUGGAUCCGAGUAGGAUCUAUACAUGUAACUAUUAUACUUUUUUUUUAUAAAUUUAUGUUUUUAUUAACUAUUAUAAACUUUUGCAUUCCUCAAUGUAACAUUUCUCUCCUAAAGAUAAUCAAAAUAAAAAUAUAGCGUUUUUGUUGUGUUGAAUUUUUGCAUCC